AUGUCGGCUGCCCGCAAGUGUCGGCUGCCCGCAAAUGUCGGCAAAUUUCCAAAAUAUCGCAGUAAUAUUUCCACCUCCACCCUGUUACCCUCAGGUGCCGAUUGCCCGCAAAUGUCGGCUGCCCGCAAGUGUCGGUUGCCCGCAAGUGUCCCAGGCUGCCCGCAAGUGUCUCAGCUGCCCGCAAAUGUUUCAGCUGCCCGCAAAUGUGACCCCUCAAAUUUUGCCCGCAAAGUGGUUGCCCGCAAAAAAUUUGCCCGCAAACUGGUUGCCCGCAAAGUGGUUGCCCGCAAGCGUCGCGACGCCAAGAUGUCAAGGGCGUUAUAA